ACCAUCGAGUUUGGACUCUGCAAACAGGACGGGCAACUGAGAGCCUACGGAGCCGGGCUGCUGUCAUCUAUAGGAGAGCUGAGGCAUGCCCUGUCGGGGGCGGCCUGUGUGAGGAUGUUCGACCCGAAGACGACCUGCAGACAGGAGUGUCUCAUCACCACCUUCCAAGACGUCUACUUCGUGUCCGAGAGCUUCGAGGAGGCCAAGGAGAAGAUGAGGGAGUUUGCGAAGUCGAUAAAGCGUCCGUUCUCCGUGUACUACAACCCGUACACGCAGAGCGUCGACCUGCUGAAAGACACGCGCGGCAUCGAGGACGUGGUGCAGGACCUGCGCAACGACCUGAACACCGUCUGCGACGCGCUGGGCAAGAUGAACACCUACAUGGGCAUCUGAUUGGUUCAAACCAUCACCUGUGUUCAUGUGUGGGCUCUGAUUGGUUCAAACCAUCACCUGUGUUCAUGUGUGGGCUCUGAUUGGUUCAAAUAAUCACCUGUGUUCAUGUGUGGGCUCUGAUUGGUUCAAAUCAUCACCUGUGUUCAUGUGUGGGCUCUGAUUGGUUCAAAUCAUCACCUGUGUUCAUGUGUGGGCUCUGAUUGGUUCAAAUCAUCACCUGUGUUUAUGUGUGGGCUCUGAUUGGUUCAAAUCAUCACCUGUGUUUAUGUGAAGGCUCUGAUUGGUUCAAAUCAUCACCUGUGUUUAUGUGAUUCAAUCUGUAUAGCACCUUUCAAGGACCCAAGGCCGCUUUACAUGGUGAGCAAACAAACAAACA